AUGUACAUCUACCUCAUCACUAUUCUGCGUCUCAAGCAUGGCCAUCACCUCAAAUAUCGCAAAGGUGGUCCCAGCGAUGCGGCUUCGCCGGCGCAUUCCGACUUCUCCCUAAGUCGUUUCGACCGAGGCUCAGCGAUUGCCCUUGGUAUUCUUCUCGUCCUGAUUCUUCCUGUGGUAGGCUGGUUCUGUUGUAUCCAAAUCAAGAAGAGGAAGGAAAGAGAUGUGAAUGUGUUGGAGCCUGAGUUGCGAGACCAUCAUCGCAAAAGAUCUUGGUUGCAUGGUCCUCUCCCCAGCCAUGGGCAGAUCUUGAUACGGCAUGACAGCAGGAACUUAUCACGGGCGUGCUUCGUGGGCCUGGAGACCACUACGGGUCCGCCGACUCCUGGACUUCCCCGGCGAGCAUCAUGUCGCAGACACCAAAGUAGUGUGCGUUCCAUAGAUUCGUUCGUCCCAGCUCGCCGUGCUUCGUUGUCUCAGACACAGUGCGAUGAGCGGCGGUGCAGUGAGGUAGCCUCUCGUGGCGGAUGUAUAGCGCGUGCCAACCGACGUCUUUCGACCCUCACGCCUAUUCUCGAGCCUAGAAGGGCUCUUCAAGCUAUAGUCUUCGACGACGUCCAUGUUUGCGAGCGCGGAAAACGAGGCAGUGUGCGAGCUAUGGCAAAGGGUCCUUGA